GUCUGCUAUAGAUCUGAAAUGUGAACAGCUCAGUUAUAAAUCUGCUGUGGACAGACAUUUACAUUAUUUCUGUUACAAGAAGCAACACACUUCAUUUCUAAAUUGAUAUUAUACGUCGAACAAAAUAUCCCACCAUGAGUAAUUUUUCUAAAGUAAUCGAUGUGAACGAAUUCAAUCCACGUAUUAAUAUUAAUGAUUAUAAUAGCUUCUUUCACGAAAACUUUUGCCACAUCUGCAAGAAAGUAAACAAUGGAUCUUUUAUAUCAUGUAAUCGGUGCGAUAUGAUCUCUUAUUGCACUCGUCAACACAAAUUGAUGCAUCGUCCAUACCAUAUGCAGAUUUGUGAAAAUAUAAACCGAUUUUUACGAGAGAAUGAAAUACGUCGAGACUGUGCUUUAAGUUUAACUAAUUGGAUCACGUUAAGACAACAAUUUUUAAGCUCAAUUAAAAAAUGGAUUCCACGUAAGCUAAAGACGUAUGAAGAACAGAUGAUUCUUUUUGCAAAAUCAUGCUCUAUUUGUCAUAGACAGAUUAAUUUGUUACACUGUACAACGUGUUAUUCGGAAUAUUGUUGCAUUGACCAUGUACAGUUAUUUCAAUAUUUGCAUGAGCAAAAAUGCCAACAAUUAUAUGGGCGUCCUACCGGAAGAUACAACAGUAUAGCUGCAAUAUAUUAUAAAUAUUUCUACAGUGAUUAUAUAUCAGGACCGCUAACAUUAUAUUAUGGAAUGGAUAUUGCUGGUUUACUAGAACCACUCAUUUUUUCCGCACGUUCAAUACAUGAAUUUAAAUGCGUUAUUCACGUGGUAGCACUAAAUUCCUUAGAAAAGGAGCAUGUAAAUGCUUGGGAAAUAUUUAUACAUCUCACGCAUUACAUAAAGGAUCUAACAAUUAUACUAGUAGGACCAAAUUUUGAACAGGAUCAUUAUGACAAAGAACUUUGUUCUUAUUGCAAGAACAGAUGUAUAAUGCUCCAUAUUGAAAUUUAUAGUACAUUUUACCAUAUGUAUGUGGCCGGUCCGUCUUUUAAAAAACCAAAUAUAAUUGUAGAAUUUCAAGCAGAUUUUAGUAAUGAGUGGACAUGUUCGCGAAGCAUAUUUUUAUCACGGAUUAGACACUGUCCGUUAAUUUUAACUACCACAUCGGAAGAAAAAGCAGAACAGAACGUGUCUAUUUUAAAACAAAUUUUAGGUUCGCAUUUAGAACCUCUCCAUAAUGCUAAAAAUCCUUUUAGAUCUUGGAGACCGUGGAGGGAUUUGGAGACUGGUUCUGUAUAUUUUCGUAAUCAUUAUGUAACUGUCUAUCGUAACACACAUGUUUUAUGGAGACCUUUCUAAACGAUUUGGAAUAUUUGUAUAUGAUUUUAGCAUUACGUUGAUAACAUUACUAUAUAUGAUAUAAAAUAUGUGUUAUUUGUACAAACGAAUUAUAAAUAUUUUUAAUAAAAGGCACUUUUUAUUGUA